AAGUGGCGGCCUUUGUUUAUCUGGAGAAAUCUGUGGCCCAAAACCUCUAACGAACACGAAAAAUGGUGGCUACAAACAGUCUACCAUUUAACCGGACCCAGAUCACUUCACUCCUCUUCCUUUGUUCUUCCAGAAAGUUCAAUGGCUUCUCUCGUUACUCCAUCUGCUCCCAUCUUUGUGAAACACAAGGUGAAUCUUUUCAGUGCCAGACCCAUAUCUACCAACUCACUAUUCAAUUUUUACAAGAAUGUUGUUGGUAGUGAUAGAUGUCAUACUCUUUCUUUCCGGACAAAAGCCAAGCUUUCUGCUGAGGCUAAUGUAAUGGAGAAAGAAUCAAUCAGUGGCAAUGAAAAGAUAGAUUAUGGAGUUGUUAGCAUGCACCAUGUUGGAGUUCUGUGUGCAGACCUUGAAAGGUCACUUGAAUUUUAUCAGGGCAUACUGGGCCUUGAAAUAAAUGAGGCAAGGCCUGAUGAUAAGCUUCCAUAUAGGGGUGCUUGGUUGUGGGUGGGUUCUGAAAUGAUCCAUUUGAUGGAGCUUCCAAAUCCUGACCCCUUAAAUGGACGGCCUGAACACGGUGGCCGAGACCGACACACUUGCAUUGCUAUUCGUGAUGUGUCUAAGCUGAAAGUAAUCCUUGAUAAUGCUGGUAUCCCCUAUACACUUAGCAAGUCUGGGAGGCCUGCAAUUUUUACACGAGACCCAGAUGCAAAUGCUCUAGAAUUCACUCAAGUGGAUAAUUGAUGUACAUGAGCUUUUUAUAGGAUAGAGAAAUUGUAAUAUGGAUGACCUUGGUGUUUCCAAUCUUCAACACCAAAAGAAUGCGUACAGAUUACAAAUAUUAGAUGCGCAGGAACAUUGAUAUAUGUAUCUACCACUUAAUAUACAAUUUUACAGGUCCACAGUUUAUGACCAAUGUUAUGUGCUA